GUGCAUAGAACUGAAGCCGUAACUAGAACAUAAGCCGUAACUAGAACGCUAAACCUUCUCUCUCUCUCUCUCUCCUCUUUUCUUUCCAUCUCUUCUAGAUUUCUAGAGAGAGAUUUCUGAGACAGACGCAGAGAGGGACACAAAAUUUACACCUUUAUAGAUAGAUAGAUAUAUACAUAAAUAGAGAGAGAGGGAGAGAGAGAGAGAGAGAAUGUCGAAGAAGAAGGCCACUAUGACCUUGAAGGACUUCCACGGCGGCUCCAUCCCUUCCGAUCUCCCUCUCCCUUCUGCUCCAGGCGUAAUUGUUAGGCCUUCGGACCGACCCGGUUUGGACCGCCAGGUGGCGGCGUGGGGAAACCCCAUGGGGAGAUCGGAUCAUCGGUUGAGGCCCGGGUCGGCUGGGGCGGUGAGAAACUUUGACGACAAGGCCCCGUUUCUGGGCCCUGCCGCGCACAUUGGUAGGAAUUUCGAUGAGGACGAGCGUAAGCCUUUAGACGGUGGGUGGGGUACACGGAGAACAGUCAGCGAUGAUAGCAUUCAAGCGUUGCCGGUCCGCGCGGAGCUGAAGCCGGAGUAUUCGUGGUCUGGGCCAUUGCCGGUUGCUCACAUGUCUAAUAGUAGUGCGCGUUCGGAGCUGAAACCUGAUUAUUCGUCUGGGCCAUUGCCGGUUGCUCACAUGUUGAAUAGCACUGCGAGUUCGUAUGCAGGGAGGGUCAGUGAAGCAACUCCUGUGGGAGCGAAUUCUCAAAACUUUGGUGGAAACAAUUCUUACUUGCCGAGAUUUGUUGAAGCAGCUAAUGUGGGUGUGAAUUCUUUAAACUCUGGUGGCAAUAGUGGCCAGGGCCACCCAAAUGCGUGGGCCAUGAGGAAGGAGGCAGUAAAAGCCAGUGAGCCAGUUGCUCCCAUGUGGUCUGGUCCAAAUGCUGCUGCAAAGUUGGCUCAUGCCAGCGCUCUUGAAAAGGUAUCUUCUGGGAGGUGGCAAUCCAAGCAAGUGAUUUAUCACCCGCCAGAUGUUGAGGUCAUUAGGCAAAAUCCAAUAGAGAGCGAAUUCGGGUACAAGGAUGAUAGUUUUUACAGUAGGAACCGCCACCAUCAGGUGGAAAUGGAAAGUGGUGUGGAAUAUCAUGAUGAGAUGUUGGCAAGGCAUACUCAGAGGAGUUUGACUGACGAUGGUGGGAUUCAAGGUGGUGGGCAGUUUCCAACCCGUGAAGGGGUUAGGACUCCUAUGUCACUGGAAACAAUGGAGAGUAACCUUCCCAGGUAUGUUCCGGAGGUUCAGCCAACUCGUAAUGAUGGGAAAUUUGGUGGGUUGGAGUUGCGAUCAGAACGCCCUAAGCUAGAGCUACAUCCGAGACCCAAGCCUUCUGAGAGUUUGGAAUCACCUGUUAACUAUAAGAAGGGAUACCAGCAACCACGUAAUUCUGGUCAUCCAGAAAAUGUUCCUGUAUCCUAUGGAAAUGUGAAUCCCUCAAACUCCGAGUUAUCUGGAUCUAACAGUGGGAAUCAAGCUCUUGAACGACCAAAACUGAAUUUAAAGCCGCGAUCUCAGCCGCUUGAACAAUUGGAAGGGAACAUUGAAACAAAAAGGAACACUGUGUUUGGUGGUGCUCGUCCACGGGAAUUGGUUCUCAAGGAACGGGGCAUUGAUGAUGUUGCUGUCAUUAAUCCUGACGUCGGUCAAUCUCCCAAUAGGGUCAAACAUGAAGUUCCGAAGACUGAUAGAGUGCCUCCACAUGCAACUCCUACCCGUCACGACGAAAAGCCAGAAAACUCUCCCAUUGACAAUAGGAUCAGAAAGAAUAAUGAUAGGCGAGAUAACCGGGUAGAUGCUGAAAGGACUGAUACUCAGAGGAGGAAUUGGCGAAGUGAAAAUCAUCAUCGGAGGGACAACAGGGAAACAGAGAAGAACCAGCCACAGGAGAGGCCACCUUCACCUGAGACCUGGCGUAAACCAGCUGAGAAGCCGAAAACAAAAGCAGCUUCAGCAGUUGAGCUCGCCCAAGCUUUUUCAAGAUCUGUAUCGGACGCGAAAAAACCCGACCUGUUUCCCGGCCAAAGAGGUGGUGGUCCCAACCGGGGACCAGUGCCUUUUUCUCGGCUGAUGGAUCCAACCUCAAGGCCUCAAAUCAAUGGCUACUGAUAUUUCAGGAGGUGGAAUGGUUGAUCCUCAAUCGUGAUAAGACUCUGAUAGUCUGAUUAGAGAGUGUGGUUCAGUUGGGUAGAAGGGCAUUGGCAAUAUUGGAAGUUAAGAAUAGUCUCAAACUUGAAGAUCGUUCCUUGGAAGUGAAAAAAUAAUGGAAAACCCCCCCAAUUUGUCGUUCCGCUUACAGGGAUUGAAUUUAUCAUUUCCUUAUAGAAGAUGGAGGAUAAAUUAUUGUUGCCUAGUGAAUUCGAAAAAUGAGGGUCUUGGUGGAUUCAUAGCAUACAAUAUGCAUUGUUAGGAGAUAUUUUGCUAAUGUUUUCUGGAGGUUUUCUGA